UCCCGCGCGGGGGCCCGGGCUCUUCCUUUUCCGCCAUCUUGCUGCACCGGCACCAUGGUGCGCAUGAACGUUCUGGCCGAUGCUCUCAAGAGCAUCAACAACGCAGAGAAGCGUGGGAAGCGGCAGGUGCUGAUCAGGCCGUGCUCCAAAGUCAUCGUCCGGUUCCUAACGGUGAUGAUGAAGCACGGUUACAUUGGUGAAUUUGAGAUAAUUGAUGAUCACAGAGCUGGGAAGAUUGUUGUCAAUCUCACAGGCAGACUCAACAAGUGUGGUGUGAUCAGUCCCAGAUUUGAUGUUCAGCUGAAGGAUUUGGAAAAGUGGCAGAACAACCUGCUGCCUUCACGUCAGUUUGGGUACAUUGUACUGACAACCUCAGCUGGCAUCAUGGACCAUGAGGAGGCUAGGCGAAAACACACAGGAGGCAAAAUCCUGGGAUUCUUUUUCUAAAACUUGUAAAAAAAGAGGAUACUAAUAAAUUACUCAAAUGGA